UAUUUAGUUCUCCCUCCCUGUAUCCAGGGAAGUGAACUGGUCUGGGGCUGCUGUGAUGAAAUGCCAGAAGAAUAUCUCUCAAAGGCCUCACAAGCUGAUUUUUAGAGCUUUUCCGUUUUGUCGUCUUUGUCUUCCAAAUGGGAUCCAAUGAUAGCUGGACAAGUCAGUAAGCCCUUGCUGUCACUGCAGAGUGAAAUGAAUGCAGAGUUGAGAGGUGAGGACAAGGCAGCUACUUCAGACAACGAGCUGAAUGAGCCCCUGCUUGCGCCUGUGGAAUCAAAUGACAGCGAGGACACUCCCAGCAAGCUCUUCGAGGCCAGAGGAAACACAGUGCUGCCUGAUACCAGCCCAGCAGACCAGCACCAACCUAGUCAGUCUCAUCCUACAUUCCCUGUUGGGCCUCAGCCAUUACUGACAGCCCAACAGUUGGCCUCAGCAGUAGCAGGGGUGAUGCCAGGAGGCACUCCAGCCCUGAAUCAGCCGAUCCUUAUUCCUUUCAACAUGGCUGGGCAGCUGGGGGGCCAACAAGGACUCGUCCUAACUCUACCUACAGCGAAUCUCACCAACAUCCAAGGGCUGGUAGCAGCAGCUGCAGCAGGAGGCAUCAUGACGUUGCCAUUGCAAAAUCUACAAGCUUCCCCUCGGAAGACGUCAGAGCAAUACUAUGUGGAAAGAGGAGUGAAGAAAGCAGAAUAUAAGGAUGAAGUUGGUGGUUUCCUCAUGAAGAAGCAUUUGGCUACCUCAUCCCUGAACUCCCAGCUUCAACAGCUUCAGCAUCUUCAGCAGCUCCAACAUCAACAGCAGCAGCAGCAGCAGCAGGGUCAGCAGCAGCAACAGCAGCAGCAAAGCCAGCAGCAACAGCAAGGUCAUCAGGCACAGACUCCACAGCCACCCCAGCAGACCCAACAGCCACAGACACAACCAUCAGCACCACCACAGCAGAGCCAAACACAGUCCCAGAGCCAGAGCCAACCUCCACUGGCCCCACAGUCCUCCAGCUCUCCUCAGAAACCCAGCCAGUCACCAGGACAUGGCCUUCCAUCUCCUCUUACUUCACCAAAUCCAUUGCAGCUGGUUAAUAAUCCACUGGCAAGUCAAGCAGCAGCGGCUGCAGCAGCAGCAGCCAUGGGCUCAAUAGCAAGCUCCCAGGCCUUUGGCAAUGCCCUCUCCAGUCUUCAGGGGGUCACAGGUCAACUCGUCACUAAUGCACAAGGACAGAUUAUUGGAACAAUCCCACUGAUGCCUAAUCCAGUCCCCUCCAGCCAGGCGGCAGGUGGAGCUCAGGGACUUCAGGUGCAGCCGAUAACUCCACAGUUAUUGACCAAUGCCCAGGGUCAGAUCAUCGCUACGGUCAUCGGCAACCAGAUACUCCCCGUGAUCAAUACCCAGGGAAUCACGUUAUCGCCACUCAAACCAGGCCAGCAGCUCCAUCAGCCCUCCCAGACGCAAGUGGGACAAGCAGCCUCACAACCCAAUCUCCUGCAUUUGGCUCACAGUCAAGCAUCUAUGUCUCAAAGCCCAGUGCGUCAGGCUUCCUCUUCUUCCUCCUCAUCCUCCUCCUCUUCAGCUUUGAGUGUUGGCCAGUUAGUCAGCAAUCCUCAGACAGCCACUGGAGAGGUGGAUGGGGUGAAUCUGGAAGAAAUCCGAGAAUUUGCCAAAGCUUUUAAAAUCCGGCGCCUGUCCCUUGGCCUGACACAGACUCAAGUUGGCCAGGCCCUAAGCGCCACCGAAGGCCCAGCCUAUAGCCAGUCUGCCAUCUGCAGACACACCAUCCUGAGAAGCCACUUUUUCCUACCACAGGAAGCCCAAGAGAACACUAUAGCUAGCAGUCUGACAGCCAAACUGAACCCUGGCCUUUUGUAUCCUGCCAGGUUUGAAAAGCUGGACAUCACCCCUAAAAGUGCCCAGAAGAUAAAGCCGGUGCUUGAGCGGUGGAUGGCUGAGGCUGAGGCCCGCCAUCGGGCAGGUAUGCAGAACCUUACCGAGUUUAUCGGAAGCGAACCGUCCAAAAAGCGCAAGAGGCGCACCUCAUUCACGCCACAAGCCCUUGAGAUCUUGAAUGCCCACUUUGAGAAGAACACGCACCCCUCUGGGCAAGAAAUGACAGAGAUUGCAGAGAAACUGAACUAUGACCGGGAAGUAGUUAGAGUUUGGUUCUGCAAUAAGAGGCAAGCACUGAAGAACACAAUUAAACGCUUGAAACAACACGAGCCUGCGACUGCAGUUCCUAUGGAGCCUUUAACAGACUCUCUGGAAGAAAACUCCUAAAAACAAAAUCACACACACAAAAAAACCCAAACCCAACAAAACCCUGCACCAACAGAAACGUAACCGUUCGAACUCUGAAAAUACUUGUUCAUCACCCUUGUAAGUAAAAGACUGAGAAAACUGCAAGAAGGACAGAACAGUUUAUAAAUGUCCGUGGGUUUUCCUAUUAACAAAAAAAAAAACAAAAAAAAAACCAACACAACACUUGGUGUGUGUGUGUCGUAGAGUUAGUUCCCAAAAACAAAAAGAAAAAGCCAGUUUUUUCUAAAUGGACUUAGAGUAAACCAAAUAACUGCUUACUUUUUUUCUGUAUAUUAUGAAAAUGUGAACACAUU